CUAUUUGUGUGUGUACUUCUGUGCGCGAAGUUUUGUCGGCCUGUGCCUGGAGGAAGCGGCCCACAGGCAAACUAUGACCAGCGGGGUGCUGGCACUAGCGGAGUGGCGUGCCUGUCCGUCCGGCUUGUGUGGAAGAGGCCGGGCGGCGAUCAGGUGGGCGCAAGUGUCGCCGACGAGGUUCCUGGGACUGUCAUCGCGUUGGAGUACCAUGCGCGCAAGAGUGUGGCUCGCCGAAAGCAGUGCGGGGGGUUCAGCGUGCUAGUGCGCGGCCUGAUCGUAAUCGACCACGCGGAGUGCCGCAAGGAAUUCGCGCGCGAGCGACGCCAGACCUGGGGGCCGACUGCAGGCGCCCCGAAAUCGCUUCCCGGCCGCGCAGAUUUGCCUCGCAGAGCAGAGGCCCCUCGCGCCGCCAAAAUCGGCCGCGAAUUCGUUCCGGACCCAUGGCGCGCACCUGCCGGCCAAGAUCGGGACGGGCGAGACGGCCGGCCCUUUUCCG